CGUCUGCUCAAAUAUUGUGAAAUAUUUUCGACUUCUGCACAACAAACUUGGAAUUUUACUUGGUCAAGCCCGUACAAGUGUUGGACUUACUAUGCAAGUGUAUGCUUACUUUUUUGUCGCGAAAAGUUAACUUCAUUAACUUACAUUAUGAAAUCCAACGUCUUAAAUGUAGCUGAUUCUUGUUUAAUUUCCCAUGACGAAAACAAGGUUUAGUAGUAGUAAUUACAAUGGCUUUUGUAAAAGAACAUGCCCUUUCGUCAAAGAGGGCAGCUACUWCUAUUGAACCUUUGUUCUUGACAGACCUAGAGGACGAAGAAGACGAAAGCCGUAUUUCUGAACACUUAGUGUCGCCAAGGGAGCUCACACAGAUUGACUUUAGAUCGUUGAUUGGUCACACGGAUGAGGUGAAUUCAUGUUCGUUUUCUCCUGAUUGGUCAAAAGUUGCAACAGGAGGUGAUGACCAUUUAGUUAAACUAUGGGAUGCCAAAACAGGCAAAGUUCUGUUCACACUGGAUGAGCAUAAAGGAUCAAUUAAAUGUGUUUGUUUUUCCUGUGAUGGAAAAUUUUUUGCCUCUGCAUCUUAUGAUCACAGYGUGCAAGUAUGGGACAGUGUUACAGGCAAGAGGAUCUUUUGCCUUCAAGGUCACACACACAGUGUGGAGACAUGUUGCUUUUCACCAAACUCUGAAUACCUGUGCUCUGGUUCAUGGGACAAUUCAGCUYUGAUAUGGAACUUAAAGACAGGAGCAGCGGCCUAUGCUUUAAACAAACACAGGAAUGUUAUACAGACGUGUGCCUUUUCAUCAGACAGCAAAACAGUGGCCACAGGCUCAUGGGAUUGUACAGUUCGUCUUUGGUCAAUUGAUAAAGACAAGAUAGCAGUAAAGUGUCUCAAGGGUCACACCAGUAAUGUCCAUGCAGUAGCCUUUUCUUGUCAUGGUAUUUUGGCUUCAGCAUCCUGGGACAUGACUAUAAGGCUUUGGGAUGGUAAAACUGGUGAAUUAGCUUACUUAUUAAAAGGUCAUACUGGAUGGGUCCAGGCCUGCUGUUUCAAUGAAACUGGAGAACUUUUGGCUUCGGCAUCUGAUGACCAGACGGUGCGAAUUUGGAAAACCAAGACAGGCGAAUGUGUAAAAGAACUAGAGUGCAACACAGAUGAAGUACAUACAUGUUGUUUCACGCCCAAUGGCUCGCUAUAUGCAUCAGGACCAUCUGAAGCAGAGGCAACUGCAGCAGUCUGUAUCUACUAAUAUGAAAAUUGGAUGUGUCCUGCAAAAAGACUGAGAAUCAUGGAUACUGGUAAUACUGCUUCCUAUUUAUUUGUUCUUGCUGCGCCUGAAAUUUCGAUGCUAUUUAGAAAUCCUGUCGGGGAACGUGAGCUAUCAGAGCUGUUACUAUUUAUAGUCAAUAUAAUUAUUACUGUUGUCCAAGUAUUACGGGAAUCAGUUCAGAGCUGGCACUAAAGUCGACUGCCUAGUGGAUCUUACUGUUUACGAGUCUAAAAAUCGAACUUCGUUGGAAGAGGUUGGGAAAGAGGUUGCUGAAAUCGAAAUCGCUUUUCUAUUGUCUGCACGCUUAUCGACAAUGAAAAUGACGUCAGAAAAUUAUCAAAACUCAAGUGGAACCACGAGCUACGUGGCUACAGUUGCUCAAUCGGAAAAUGCCGCGCUCAUUCUGCCAACGAUUUGCGCUGAUGUUCAUUCUUAGUAAGUUUACAAAACUGUAGCCACUUUACAGGGCGCCUUUGAGCAUUAGAACAAUUUAUUUGCAUCAAAGCGAGAGUUGCGGUAAUYGCUUUAAUUAAACCACAAGUAAACUAAAGAUAAAUUUUCUAUAAAUAUAAUUUAGAUAUUUUAAUCAGGAACAUACAUUGUAUAGUAUUCAAUAAUGUUACAAAUAAUUUGUUUUAGAGUAAAAAUCACAUUUACAUAAACCUUCUGACGUACUGUUAAUUAUCCCUAAAUAUCAUUAAUAUGUUCACCAGUUUAAGGUCGGUUUUUGAUAAAAUGUAUAGGAGCUGCUAUUAUUCAUACUGUGAACAAAUAACCUCUCCCUUCAUAAUCUAUCCCACCCCAGAAAGUAUAACUAAUCUCAAAUAGUGUCAUGUUCCUGAAGAGAACGUUAUAGUGUAUUCAUUCCAUGUGUGCAACAUGAAACUUGAAUUUGUUGAAUCUCAAUCAUUAGCAGUUUUUAGUUCUGCCUCUUCAUCGAGUCGACUGCUUCCAAAAUAAUUGUCAUUUAAAGUAUUUACAGUCGAUUGCAUAAAUUAUGACCGCAACCACAUAUUAUAGAAAUACAUCGGGUGCAUUGUGGGUGAUACAUGCCGGGUAAUAGUUGCGUGAAUUGAGUAUAAGUGCCCCUCCCUCCCCUCCCUCCAAAUACAGGAGAACAACUGGUUUUAUGGAGCUGUUUGAUCACUUUCAUCCAUUUAACCAGGUUGAAAUUAGUGGCAAAAAUGUAAGGGAACUUUGAAAUUCGUAGAUAUUUGUGCAAAUUGCAAURAGCUGUAGAAAAUAAGUGUAGAUAUGUACUGAGAAUUGAAUGUCGCAAAGGAAAUUUGUAAAUCCGAAAAAAUUAUUGUAAGGCUUGCAUUUAGAAAUGGACUCAUUGUUUUACUGCUUGUUUAUAUGAGUCAAGUAGAACUGCGAACAAGAUAGUACGGCCGGCGACAGAAAGCUAUUACUUUAUCUUCGAUAAACUUGAUUCUCUAAGUAUUCUCUGUGUGAGUUUGCGUAGUAGCGGUGCAAAAUGGUCGUUGGUGGCAAGUGUUUUUUUCCCCUGGACUCUUUGAAGUCACAUUUAUUAAUCGCGUGCGAGUCUCUCGAGUGCACAACCCAUAUGCUAAUGUUUUUGCAGACUUUGACCAGAACAAAUGUCAUGUACGUUUAUGAAAAAACCUAAAUCAGUACUGAUCCUAAGGAAAAUUUCCGUACAUUAACACACACAUAUAGAAUGGGCAGGCCUGCUACAGAGCUUCAUGUUUAGCCAUAUGUGAUUUAAUUUCAAAUUCAUUUUCUCAUAUCAAGACACUAAAAGCUGCAAAAAUAAAGAAAACGUAGAGCAGCUCAUAUAGCCAAUUUCUCGGUUGAAUACACGCUAUUGCUUUCUUAAGUCAUGUUACGUACGAUACAAUUUACUAUCCAAAACCAUGCAGUCAUAAAAUCAGUGGCCGGUCAUACCAAGUUCACGCAACUCACGCUGGAAUAACUCGCGCAUGUAUUACCCACAAUGCACCCGAUAUAUUUAUAUGAUAUUUGUUUGCGGCAUAAUUUUUACAAUUGACUGUAAAAGAUAUUUUAUAUAGCUAUUCACAAAUGGUUGGAGUGUCUAUAGCCUCUUGAACCUUUUUUUCAAUAGCCAAGUCUCAUCGCAUUAUAAAUAAUACAUAAGCGAUCAUUUUGUAUAAUAAAUAAUAGCUUAUGCUACGCCAUCAUUGCUCGCUUUCGAUUUUGCAAAAAUAUAAAUUGAAGACGAGGCUCCGGGGUAAUAGAAUAAGCUAUUACACUCCCGCGGCCUCGCCUUUAAUUUUAUUGUAGUUGAUCAGUUAGUUUAAAUAUCGAAAGUGAACUAUUUGAAACCUUCAUUUCUCUGAAAAUACCAUGAAAUGCAACAAAAAAGAAUAAAAAGCCCGUCAUCUUCACUCACUAGAAUUAUGCACUUCAGUUAUGCGCUAGGAGUUAAAGGCAUUCAGAUUUCUUUAAUUUUCUGGUUAAUUUUUCUGGAACUCAGCAAGGAUUUAGUGUCAGCCAUGUUGUAACAUGAAAAACAGCUCUCGAGACCUAGGCAUAGACAUUACUGGAUUGGACAUCCAGCACGCGUUUARUUCACUUAUUUUCGUGYUAUCGAUGAUGGCUGUAUGGUUCCAGAGGUUUUCUCUUCUUUUCUAGACCUUUUUCUUUUACAUUUUUCGUAUUUUUUCUUUUGCUUUUACAUUUGUUGGGGGGUGGUAAACAUGUAAAAGAAAAAAGAACAUGACGAAAAAUAUAUAACCCGUACAGAAAGAAAACCUCUAGAACCAGAAUAUGAUGGCUGUAGGUUUCCCAGGGGACUUUGCCAUACCGGGAGGUCUGCGAGCAAUUUCCUCAAUUCUACCAAAAAAUGUUCAUUUCUGAAUAAAAAAGCUCCACGUACUUUUUAGGUUAGGUUUAGCUAGGAAUUACAAAGAAAUCUAUAGAAUGGCUGUAGUUACAAACAUACAUUUCUUUGUCCAAUUCAAGCUUACUUUAAUCACUUAAUAAUUUGGCACAUUCAGAAUGUAGUCUAUGAGAGUUGUUGCCACAGACAUGAUAAUCAAUGGUAGAUUGAUUUCCAAACCUCCAGAUAUGGAAAAGGCUUAUUACCGUAYACAUGUCGAGUGUUUGUAUACGAACUUCUUUCACGUUUUACAKAUUAUUACACAYUAUCAUUAGCYCUUCGUGAARCCCACAUUGUGUUUUCUUAUGGUAAUGUAAUAAAUCUCUUUAAAAAUGA